AACGACACGUUGACGUCAUCAAUGCGCGACGGAGUACUGUCCUUCGCUUUUGCUCAUGCUGUCACCUCUGACGCGUUGAAAAUCUACAUUUGUUUGUGGUUGUAUGGAAAAACAGUAGUUUUAGGUCGGAAUAUAUCCACCGAAAUUCGAUCGAGUGGCGAUGGCAGCUCCAAAUGCAGUGGAACGAAAAGCCUGCUGGGAUGCCAGGGACUUAUUAUGGAAAUGCAUGGAUGACAACAAUGACAAGGCUGCAUCCUGUCAGAGGUUCCAAAGCGAAUUUGAAUCAAAGUGCCCUGCUCAGUGGGUCAAGUAUUUCAGUAAAAGGAGAGACUUCUUGAAAUAUAAAGAGAAGAUGCAAACAGAGGGGUUCACACCGUCUGAAGGCCCCCGGCAACCCUCCUGACCCGAAAAUCGCCGACUAAUGACUUUUUUGGGCCACAUUCAGACCUUGAGGACUUGCAAUCAUUUCUUAUUCUGGUUUAUUUUUAAAUAUAUUUAUGUGAAUAAAACUUAAAAAGUUG